AGAUUCAAACAGAGAAGCCAAAUGGAAGUGAGCGACCCGCCUAUUCGUGGGUGAAGCAGAUACAUUCCACAAACUUGCUUUAUCCACAUUGUUUUCAUUAUCCAAUGAGCUUGUUAAAUGAUGGAACAAUGGCGAACAAAAACGUGAAAAUAACAAGCACUGUUGUAUCUGAUCUACCUCAGAGUUUACCACAACAAUGCAAGAAGCAUCACUUGCACAGAUGGAGAUCACAUUGGGUAGGUACAUGAGAAUAUCGAGAAGAAACAAAACAAUAUGUCAUUUAUACCCAACAAUAGUUAUAUAUUAAAUAUAAUUGUUGUACAGUAUAUCAAGUUCACCCUUUCUGGUGUCUCAUUGGUCUAAUAUGACUCGUGAAUGUCACGGAAUUGGCUUUCUCCAGCAAGUUUGAGUGCGCAAUAAUAUGUUGUCUACCAAAUGUUAAAGAAAUGAAAAUAUUUUUUAGUAUUAAAAAUACUGUGAUAAAUUGAGACACGUGUCUUAAUUUGGCAGUUCAGAUCCUCUUUUAAGAAUUUGUCAGAACUAGGAGGUAGUGCUGAAAGUGAGAUUUUUUAUGAAGUCUGGGGGCCAGCCCCCCCCCCUCCCCUCCCCCGAAUAUUCUUGUAAUUUUCAGCCUCUAGGGCUUGAUUUUCGGCAUUUUUAGACACAAUUUCUGAUAUCGGCCGAUUGUUUUUCCCUAUCGCAUCAGUCAGCGGUGUAUGUCUAGCUUUCGUGUGACAUGCCUCAUGGCUUCUCAUAAUUCUAAAAGUAUCUCACAUUCAUUGACAUUGUAUAUUACACAUGGUCAUGUUAUAGUAAAAUCAUUUUAAUUUUCCUCUUUGCAUAUCUAUUCAAGAAAGAAUAAAAAUUUACCUGCAUGUCAAUUUUCAGUUUUGUUCGGGUUAAAAUAGAAAAAAUCGUUAUUCUUUCGUUGCGAAACAAGCGAGAAUUUAGACAAAGACGAGAACUCCAGAAAACCGUUUAGCGUCAGAUAAAAUGAUCAUCGGUUUUGCCGAUCAAUUGGCCGAUGGUUGGUAUGUAUCAGCUCCUCAACAAUCGGUAUCGGAAAUCGGCUUUUUUAUAUCGGCUCACCUUCCCACGGUGCAUGCCCGGUUUGCAAAAACAACUGCAAUCUGCUCUAAUUCUUUCUGUCACUUUCAUUUGAUCUUAUCCGUACGUGAGUCGGCCUCAAUGGCCUUUGAUUGCUUAUAAUUAAGACAAGGGGGACCUUCACUGGGGGAAUGGGCAACAUAGUUCACUUGAGGGGUAAUAUUGGGGGUUCAAAAUUAUAUCAAAUUAUAUACACGCAAGCUUUAUUAUUAUGUAUUUAAUACCUUUUUGGUGUUUUGUUAUAGUUGUAAAAAUUUUAGAGACUAGCAAUUUACUACCAAACGUACCUCAAUUCCUUUACAGUAUAUUAGUAACGGACAUUCUAAAUUUUUAACAUUCUGCGGCACACUUGCAAAUAUAGUUUUUAAUCUAGUCUAUUUUGUUGCCGUCGUCUUUUUUCGCCAAUAUCGUGCAUGCGCAGACAAAUUAAAUCGAUGUUUGGUGACUGCCUGGUGGCCGGAAAUCGCGUGGCAUGCAGUUAUAAUAGAGACCUUACGAUUUUAGGACGGCAACGCGACAGCGACGGCUAAAACAAACUCCUUCAAAUAAGUGAUAGUAAAGAUAAUUCGUCGUAUAUUAUCAAUCGUAUGAAUUUAAUACAGUUUUAGAAGCUGAAGACAUGGGUUUUAUGGUUGGGAAGAGUUCUGCUAAACCCAGUUUGAAGUUGCACUUGUUGUGGCUUAGAAUGCAGCCGUUGUAUCAAGACGUGAAAAUUUGUGAUUUGGCGUUGUAAACUGAGCGAAGACAUUCAGAGCGAAGAUUAUUCAUAUAUUGUAAUUACUCAAUUCUUUUCAAUGAUCUAUUGUAUUGGUAGCCGUUGCCGUCGCGUUGCCGUCCUAAAAUCGUAGGGUCUCUAAUGUGUAAAACACGCACAAAAUCCUUCAUAUACUCUCGCUUUGCUUUCAAAUACAGCGUGUCAACUAGAACAACAACGUUACAGUACCUAUAAUAGCCCCAAACAUCAUUAAUAUCCCCAGUGUUCCUGCCGCUUCUGACUAUAGCUGGGUUUCAGUAAUUCAGUCACGUGAUACGUUUAGCGCUUGGUGGUUACUCCAAAUGGAAACACAUUUAUCGGAUCGAGUUAAAUAUUCAUUAUAUAAGUAUUGAUCUUGUGUUUGGUAUCAAAUAUAUGCAAUUUAAUGAAAUUUACUUGCUUACACAAGUAAUAAAGCGGCAAUAUGUGUAAUGUUGACCACCAAGCGUUUCCCUAUGUAUAAGGCUUGAGUGAAACCCAUCUAUACGUCACAGGACACUAUAGCAGUGGUUGCACAAAAUUGACCGACUUCGAAAGCCGGUUACGGUUUAAUCUUGUGUUAACGAAAAACUUCAAAGCAAUCUUCCCAACAACUUGUUUAUAAACUUGGAGAUAUCUUUUCCGAGGUCUUUCCUGGAUCAACAGAAUAGUUUUUUCUAAAGUCCUGAAUUAAGCAAAUGGGAGAACGUACCCAAACCAAAGCAGCGGGUUACGUUUUAACCCAUCAGAGUUAGCCUUAAUCCAGCUUUGGAGAAAACCAGUCCUGGUUGUUUUCUUUUUGAUACUUUGGUAAACUUUAUGGUGAUGACUCACUUCUAUUGUAACUGUGACCUCGUGAAGCAGUAUGCAUGUUUAAAAUUAUCCCUCAACCGCCGAAAACAUGUUGCCGUCGCUAUUGUUUGGUUUCAGUAAUUAAAUAAGUGUCGAUUGUUCACCGCGAAAUAUGUUAUUCAGCACACGAAAAAUUUGUUUGAAAUAAUUUUUUUGCCCUUGCAGAAUGCGGAAAAGAUUAGCUCAGGUGAAUUUAUGGAUGGGGAAUUGAUCAAAGUCUUUUAUUCAGAAAAUGUAUUCUACAGGUAUU